AUGUUUCUUAGCAGUGUAGGAUUUUCUAUUGUGUUAAUGUCAAUAUGGCCAUAUCUCCAAAAGAUUGAUCAGACUGCCGAUGCAAGUUUUUUGGGCUGGGUUAUUGCUUCUUUUAGCCUUGGCCAAAUGGUAGCUUCACCUAUAUUUGGUUUGUGGUCUAACUAUCGACCAAGAAAAGAGCCUCUUACUGUUUCCAUUUUCAUUUCGGUGGCAGCCAACUGCCUCUAUGCAUAUGUCCAGGUUCCAGCUUCUCAUAAUAAAUACUACAUGUUGGUUGCUCGUGGAUUGGUGGGAUUUGGAGCAGGAAAUGUAGCUGUUAUUAGAUCAUAUAUUGCUGGUGCUACCUCUCUUCAGGAAAGAACAAGUUCCAUGGCAAACACAAGUGCAUGUCAAGCAUUAGGUUUUAUUCUAGGUCCAAACAUCGUGUGGAUGACUCAGGACGACAGUGUAAAAAUAUUAAUUUUGAAGAAGCAAGUACAGAUGAAGUUCAGGUCCCCCAAGGAAAUAUUGAUCAAGUUGCUGUUGUGGCCACCAAUGUUCUGUUUUUUGUGA